GCCUCUUCAUUACGUCAUAGUCAUGCGACAGUCUCUGCUUUGUUUGUUCCGCACACGGCAGCAGAGCAGCGGAGCCACACACCCCUACACUUUGAACCAACAACACAAUGUUGUUGUCUGCCGCCGCUGCCAGCCGGUCUAACAUGGCCAGGCCGAAUGACCUGAAGUUCUUCCUGGAGUCCUCCCUGAACGAGAUCUUUAAAGCGACUGUUAGUGACAUCCUGGAUUCGGUGGACCGGACCCUGACCGAGUAUCAGGACACAAUACGGAGGAUUGAGUCCGAAAACGAAGGCCUGAAGCAACAACUGUUUGCACAGAGGAGCACGGAGUCUGCUGCCAGAGGUAUUCAUGAACAAGAUACUUCCGAGUACUUUCUGACCUCAAAAUGGAAUAAUCUACCCGUCAACUCCACACAGGGCAUGUUCAAGGUGUCCAUAUGCAGCAGUGACAAGAAGAGCUUCAGGAGGAAGCAGAGGGACAAGGUGAGGGAAAGCGUUUCCUCUGCCUCUUAUUCACCACAGACCAAUGAUACACUAGAAACACCACAUCUGAGCACAGCAGAGGCAUGCGUCUCAACCAAUGACAUGAUAUGUAUAAAAACAGAGCCUGACGAGGGGGAAAGCAGUGCUAUCGACCUCUCCCAGCCUCCAUCUCUUCUCAAUCUGUCAACGAGGCAGAUUAAAGCUGAGAGCACAGAGGUGAAUUGUAACAGUGAUCAAACAGAUGUGCCUCUGCUGCCCUCUACGGGCCUGGAACAAGACUCUGAGGACAGUAAGAGUGAAAUAAAAGACACUGUUGUUUCUGACAGCUACAUUAAGACUGAAGAAGAAGAGCAGGAAGAGGCUUUGCAAUGCAGCGAUGAUUUGUCUAAUGAAGAGUUGAAGCAUGAAUUAGAACAUUACCCUGAAUCUGAAGUAACUCAGGAGGGAGCGAGCAGUCAGGUUGAAGCAGCGGCUCCUGAGGAAAAUAAUCCAGCACCUGCUGCUCCUGCAGAAGAGGUUCCUGACAAUGUUUUGCGCUGCCCCUCAUGUCCUAAAACAUUUACUCGAGCAACCUCGCUCAAUAUUCACCUUAGGACUCACACUGGUGAGAAGGCCCACACUUGCUGUUACUGUGGGAAACGCUUUGGCCGUGCCGAUCUCCUCAAAUCCCACAAGAGAACGCACACAGGAGAGAAACCGUACAGCUGCAACCUGUGCAGCAAAACAUACGCCCAUCCCAGCCAGCUUAGGAUACACAAACGCACCCACACCGGAGAGAGGCCGUACUGCUGCACGCAUUGUGGAAGGCGCUUCAAUGAGCCCAACCAGCUCAAAGUUCAUGUGCGGACUCACACUGGGGAGAAGCCGUACAGCUGCCGGGAGUGUGGGAAAUCUUUCAGCAACGCAGGAAACCUUCGAAUACACGAGAGGAUCCACACAGGUGAGAAGCCGUACUGCUGCACGCAAUGCGGGAAGAGAUUCAACGGCUUAGGUGACCUAAAAACACACUACAGGAUUCACACAGGAGAGCGGCCGUACAGCUGCAAGCUCUGCAAGAAGACCUUCAGCCAGACGGGCCACCUCACCAUUCACAUGCGGAUGCACACAGGAGAGAGGCCGUACAGCUGCGACGAGUGCGGCAAGACGUUCACAGUGGCCAGCAGCCUCAAACUGCACCAGAGAACUCACACGGGAGAGAAGGGGUACAGUUGCUCGCACUGUACCAAGAGCUUCAGCAGGGCGGCUCACCUGAAAAGACACGAGCUGGUUCACACCAAAGAGAAGUUUUUUAUCUGCCACCUGUGCGGGAAGAGCUACAGCGACCAGUCGUCUCUGAGGAAGCACCUGAAGAGGCACACUGCCGUGACGCAGAAGAGUGUGGGCAAGGAAAGCACCAGCAAGCCUGAAUAAACCUCACCCAACUGAGAGAAUGACCACGAACUCUCUGAGAUGAGUUAUAGAAAAAGACAGAAUAAGUGUUGUACGUGAAACAAGGUCACCUUUAAUCAAGGUCUAUUUCCUAGCUUUUUGUCCAGAGCUUUCAGGCUCAUUUGAAUGGGAUGUUCCUAUUAUUAUUAUCUUUAUUUAAAUUAGAAAAUUAUACCAUUCUGUAAUAUUUCCUGUUUUCUAAAAUCUAUUCCUGAUUUUAGAUUUCUGCUUAGACAUUACACUUUGUCUCUUUUGUUUAUAACUUGAAAUCAGUUUAUCUUUGUCCUCUAAAACUUCAACCUUGCCAAGCUAAUAUAUUAUAUUUCAGUUCAAUCUUCUUUCGAUGCAGUUGAUUUUUGCAUCAAAUGCUUCUUAAUGUAAAAAAAAAAUCUACUCAGCAGCGUAGGAACAUUUGCACAGCUUUGUUAAUUAAACUGGACUUCCAGUUUUUAUGUACUUCAUUGCUGUUUUGAAAGCUCCAUAAAAAGCUACCAAAUGGACCGUGGGUUGAGAUUUUUUAUUGAGCUGCUGUCAUCGGGCUGAGAUGGACACGGACACUCAAUAUGGGAUGUAUCUGGUACAGUGCACAACACUGCUGUCCAAUCUCUACUGUGUUUUAAGUAAGUCCAAAUAUCUACCUGUACUGUACGGUAAAUUACUUUGUUUUGAUUGAUGAACUCUAAGAUUCCACCUGUAGUAUUCUCUGGACUCGGCUGUGUAAAGAGUUACAGACUGAAAGAGGGACCCUUCAUGAACACUUUAAAAUAAAUGUUAUUUAUUAGAUGUCGGUGGGGUUACCGCACCUGGACCAGGGUCAGUAGAAAAUAACAAUAUGAUUGUUGAAUAAUUAGGAUGUUCUUAUACUUUAGUCGUAGCUGGGUGUGGUCAGAAAUGUGUGAUGAAAUCAGUGUUUUGAAUGGGAAAAUCCUUAAUAUAUUGCUGUAUAUAGCUUAAUCUAUACAGGCAGCAUCUAAUCCAAGAAUGUUUGUGUUAUAAUGUUACUGAUAAUAUUAUCGCUAAUAUUUAGUAUAAAUUGCCAUAGUACAUACUCUACCAGUCAAAAGUUUGGACACACCUUCUCAUUCAAGGGUUUGUAUUUAUUGUAGUUAUUUGAAACAGAUUAAUACAAAAUACAUCAAAACUAUGAAAGAACAUAUAUGGAAUUAUUUCAUGAACAAAAAAGUGUGAAACAAACCAGAAUAUGUUUUAUGUUUUAGAUUCUGUAAAGUAGCCCCUUUUUCCUUCAUGACAGCUUUGCCCACAUUUGGUAUUCUCUCAGUCUGCUUCAUGAAGUGGUCUCCUGGGAUGGGUUCUAAUUAACAUGAGCCUUGUCAAGAGUUCAUUUGUAGAAUGACUUGCCUUCUUAAUGUGUUUGAGACCAUCAGUUGUGUUGUUCAGAGGUAGGGUUAGUACACAAUGGAUAGCCCUAUUUGACUACUGUUGUAAUCGAUAAUUUGGCAAAACCAGAUUAUUUCAUAGUUUUGAUGUCUUCAGUUUUAAACUAUAAUGUCAAAAAUAAUUAAAAUAAAUGAAAACCAUUGAAUGAGAUGGUGUGUCCAAACGUUUGACUGGUAGUGUACAUAGUAAAUUAAUCGUUUAGUAAGCCACGCUAAGCAAUGAAUGUCAGAUUAUAUUUAUUUCAGGUUGUGUUACCCAAAGCCUUGCUUCCUAACAUGAGCAUACAGGAGGAAGCUGUCAUGUUGAUGAUGAUAGGACUUCUUUUUGCUGCAGCAACUGGAUGUUACACAUGCAAAGCGAUGUGAGUGUUUGCUGCAAUCAGUUAAUUGUGACUUUUUAUGUGUGUGAUUUGUGUCUUAAAUUAAAGAGAAACAUUAACCAGGUCA